AUGUUACGCCGACGAGAUCGCCGACUUCUGCAGGAUUCAAAAGUCAUCCCUACAGACCAUGUCGCUGCCCAACACCAUCUGCUCGUUAUGGACUUGAAAAUCUCCCGUCCAAGGAAGAGACAUCCAAGGACUGAAACACAGCGCAUCAAAUGGUGGAAUCUGAAGGAUCGAAAGGAGGUAUUUUUCGCGUCCGUGGCUCCAUCUACACUUCCCCACCCUACUCGUAGUGUGGAGGAAAUGUGGUUGUCUACUUCCAGCGUUAUACGCUUGACCGCGGAAAACACUCUGGGAAAGACGACUCUAGGUAAGCCAAAGGUACAAAAGGCUACGUGGUUUUGGAACGAGGAAGUUCAGGCGGCAAUUCGUGAGAAGAAGUCCAAGUAUAAGCUCUGGUGGAGGACGCGUCAGCCUGAAGAUCGGGGUGCUUACCUAGCGGCGAAGAAGGAGGCUAAGAAGGCAGUCUCCAAGGCGAAGUCGGACCGCUACAAGGCUGUGUACGACAUGCUUGAUACCAGAGAAGGGGAGCGGGCAGUGUAUCGUUUAGUCAGAGCACGUCAUCGCUCAACGUUGGAUAUGGAGCACACCAAGAUCGUUAAGGGAGCUGAUGGAGCCGUUCUGCGCCGCUCUGGUCAGAUCCUGGAGAGGUGGCGAGAGUACUACAAUCACUUGUGUAACGAAGAGUUCUGUCAUCCUCCCAUCCCAACCGUUCCCAGCGUCGAGGGUCCUGUUCUACCAAUUACUGCCGUCGAAGUCAGUGCUGCCCUCGCAAAAAUGAAGUCGAACAAGGCAACAGGUCCUGAUGACAUACCUGUUGAUUUCUGGAAGCUGCUAGGAGAUCGAGGGUCCAUGUGGCUCGCAACUCUAUUUAACAAGAUCGUUGCAGAAGGACGGACACCAGACGUUUGGCAAACUUCCGUGACCGUGCCUGUCUGGAAAGGGAAAGGAGACAUUGCUGACUGCACCUCGUACAGGCCUAUACGACUGCUCUGCCAUACGAUGAAGGUUUUUGAGCGUGUCCUGGAAGCUCGUCCGAGGAAAAUUGUUAGCGUUUCACUCAACCAGUGCGGUUUUGUGAAGGACUGCAGCACUAUAGAUGCUAUCCAUGCUGUCCGAAUCCUCCUGGAGAAACAUCGAGAGAAGAACCGCAGUGUGCAUCUUGCUUUUCUCGAUCUCGAGAAAGCUCUCGACCGUGUCCCACAUGAGCUGUUAUGGAUGUCCAUGAGGUCGCAUAGAGUAUCAGAAGAAUAUGUGCGGUGGACGAAGCUGCUUUAUGCGAAGCCUACCAGCGUUGUACGAUGUGCUGUUGGAACAAGCAGGCCAUUCCCUGUACGAGUAGGGGUUCAUCAGGGUUCAUCCCUCUCUCCUCUGCUGUUCAUACUGUGUAUGGACACGAUAACGAAGGAAAUCCAGAAGCAGCAUCCGUGGACUCUACUCUUUGCCGACGAUGUCAUGCUCGCGUCGGAGUCUCGAGAUGAUCUUCAGAAACAAGUGCAGUCUUGGAAGGAUCAGCUGCAGCAAUAUGGAUUGCGCCUCAACACAUCAAAAACUGAGUACAUGGAGUGCGGACCAAGAAUAGAGGAUGGUUCAAUUCGUGUUGAUGGCACCGAAUUAAACAAGGUGAACUGCUUCAAGUACCUUGGAUCCAAAGUGACUUCCACAGGCGACAUUGAUCAAGAGGGUCGAGCACGUGUUAAUGCUGCAUGGAUGAAAUGGAAAAUGGCAACAGGGGUACUAUGCGACAAGAAAGUCCCUGUUCGACUGAAGUCGAAGACGGUACAGGACGGUUGUGCGUCCUGUUGCCCUUUACGGAUGCGAGUGCUGGCCGACAACGAAAGCCUUGGAAAGAGUGCUGCACGCUAUGGAGAUGCGAAUGUUGAGGUGGACGAUAGGUGUAACGCUAAAAGAGAAGGAGUGAGGCCGCGCGGGAGGCCAAAGAUUCGCUGGUUAGACCGUGUGAAGCUGGAUAUGAUAGAUGCACGUUUGUGUACGGCUGAUGCAAUGGAUAGAACCAAAUGGAAGACAAGAAGCAGAAAAGCGGACCCUGCAACAACGCGGGACAAACGCUAG